CCGAGUAAGACGGGCUUCCGACCGUAUAUUGUGGCGCGGUAGUGAUUCGAGGAUGUGGUACAAAGAGAUUGCAGCAACGUAUCCGGUGGAGUGACUUAUUGUGAAUAAUUUUAGUUCGGGAACAGCUAGGAAGAUUUUGUUCUGUGAUAAGUGAACUGUCAAAUCAAAAUGUCAUAGUUGCAACCAAUGGUGAUAUGAAUUAAAUUGAACGGAAAUGGAUCAAAAAGAGGAGCUUGGUGAAUGGGUUUGGCUUCUGCCGAACCAGGGCAAUGAAUUCGAAAUACCAUACGCGGGUCGGGUACUUCGGACACACUCUGGAAAAACGCUCAUAGUCGACGACGAUGGCAACGAAACAUGGGUUAAAGACAGUGAGGUUUUCAAGUCAAUGCACGUUACCUCGCAUAGGACGGUCGAUGACAUGAUAACAUUGGGAGACUUACAGGAGUAUGCCAUAUUACGAAAUCUUAUUGUGCGAUAUCGUCAAAAUCAAAUCUAUACAUAUACUGGUAGUAUGCUGGUGGCGAUUAAUCCGUACGAAAUUUUACCGAUAUACACCUACAGCGAGAUAAAUUUGUACAGGAAUAGAAAGAUUGGCGAUUUGCCACCGCAUAUCUUUGCCAUAGGCGACAGUGCGUACCAGGAAAUGCGACGCGAUGGCAGGGAUCAGUGUAUAGUGAUAAGCGGGGAGUCGGGUGCGGGGAAGACCGAGAGUACAAAGCUGAUCCUGCAAUAUCUGGCGGCGGCCAGUGGAAAGCACUCGUGGAUUGAACAGCAGAUCAUCGAAUCCAAUCCGAUACUAGAGGCGUUCGGCAAUGCGAAAACCGUGCGGAAUGACAAUUCGUCACGGUUUGGAAAGUAUAUCGAUGUGCACUUCAACAGAGAUGGUGCGAUCGAUGGGGCUAAGGUUGAUCAGUAUUUGCUGGAGAAGUCCAGAAUCGUCAGUCAGAACAUGGGGGAACGGAAUUAUCAUAUUUUCUACUCGAUGCUGGCGGGACUGAGUAAGGAGGAGAAAAAGUUGCUUGAACUGGAGGAUGCAUCGAAGUAUCGAUACCUUACGGGUGGACAAACGUUGAGCUGCGAAGGAAGAAAUGAUACAAAGGAAUUCGCAGAUGUACAGGCGGCAAUGAAGAUUCUCUCGUUCACGGACAAUGAAAUAUGGUCGAUUUUGAGUCUCCUGGCAGCGAUUCUCCAUCUGGGCAACAUCAAGUACAAAGCAAUUAUGGUGCAAAACAUGGAUGCAGUUGAGGUAAAUGACAGUACGAAUGCAACGCGAGUCGGGGCUCUGUUGGGCGUAUCCAAAAAUGUUUUGGUAAAUGCGUUAACCAGGAGAACCCGAAUCGCGCACGGAGAACGUGUCGUUUCGCACAUAUCCAAAGAGCAAGCUUUUGAGGCCCGGGAUGCGUUCGUGAAGGCAAUCUACGGGAAGAUAUUUAUCAUGGUUGUAGAUAAAAUUAACAGUGCCAUUUACAAACCCUCGCCGAGGUCGUGGAUAUCGAUUGGUGUGCUGGAUAUUUUCGGGUUCGAACAGUUUGAUACGAACAGUUUUGAGCAGCUGUGCAUCAACUUUGCGAACGAGAACUUACAGCAGUUUUUCGUCAAACAUAUCUUCAAGAUGGAGCAAGCGGAGUAUACUCGCGAGGGCAUCAACUGGACCAACAUAGAUUUCAUCGACAACCAAGACGUGCUGGACAUGAUCGGAAUGAAGUCUCUCAACAUUAUGGCAUUGAUAGACGAGGAAACGCGGUUCCCGAAGGGGACAGAUCUAACGAUGCUGUCGAAACUGCACUCAACGCAUGGGACGAAGACGAUCUAUUUGAAGCCCAAAUAUGAUAAUGUAGCUUCGUUCGGAAUUCAGCAUUUUGCGGGUACCGUAUUCUACAAUGUGACUGGGUUCCUGGAGAAAACGCGCGACACCUUUAAUCCAGAUUUAAAGGAGUUGGUGACGAAGAGUAGUAACGAGUUUCUGGUGACGUUAUUUGGAUCGGACGAUUCGUUGGACACUUCGAAAAGGUCUAUUACAUUAUCGUUGCAAUUCAGAAAUUCGCUAGAGUCUCUAAUGAGAACGCUGUCAUCGUGUCAUCCGUAUUUUAUCCGUUGCAUCAAACCCAAUGAAUUGAAGAAGCCACAAAUCAUCGACAAAGCAUUGUGUGUUCGGCAGCUACGAUAUUCCGGUAUGAUGGAAACGGCAAAGAUCCGGAAGGCAGGUUACGCGAUAAGGCACACGUAUUCUCAGUUUGUGGAACGUUACCGCCAUUUGGGAAGAAAUAUUCGACCAGCGCACAAGAUUGAUUGCAUCAUAGCUGCCCGACAAAUUUGUCAACGAGUGCUGGCAAACGUCCCCGAGCAGUACCAAUUUGGGAAGACGAAAAUAUUCUUGAAAGAAAGUCAUGAUGCUGUGUUGGAAUCAGAGCGAUCCAUUUUCUAUCUGCGUUACAUCGUCCUCAUUCAGCGGGCAUUCCGGCGGGUGUUAUUUUUCAAGUAUAUCAGGAAACAUCGUAACGCAGCAAUUACAAUACAGAAGCACUGGCGGGCACGAGGGUUCCGAUCGAACUAUCUGGUUAUAAGAAACGGCUAUCGCAGGUUGCAAGCAGCGGUCAAAUCUCGCGCCCUGACGUACCGAUUUGGGAAAAUUCGUGAUGUUGUUCUAAGGCUUCAGGCCCACUGUCGUGGAUACCUCGUUCGCAAGAAUUUGAAGGAAAAGAGAACCUAUAGGUCGCAGCGCAUCAACGAGUUGCGGGUGUUGAAGAGGAAGGAGGAGAUACAGUUCAAGCAGGCCGGAAAUAAACGAUGGCGAGAGGAUGCUGAUGCGAACUAUUGGCUACGUAUCGGGGAGCUGGAUCGUGAGCUAGCUUUGGAAGUGGAGCCCAAGAAGCCAGCGGUGGUGAAACCGCAGCAACCGAUUAACGCCGAAGAGGACAACAAGAUUGUGGACGAUGUUUUCGGAUUCCUGGACGGACCAAACAGUCCACGGCCAGCUGUCAAGCGACAAGCGUCGUUCGCCGAAGACACUCCAGCUGAUAUCUCGUUUAACGACAAACCGCCUGAUCAUGAGGUAAAUUUUCCUUUCCGCGAGGAUCUAUCGGAUUAUAAUUUCCCCAAGUACGCCGCCACGUACUUUGCUAGCAACGUGUCAUAUCAGUUUAGCAAGCGUAAGCUUAAAUCCUCGCUGCUUGAUCUUACGAGCCCAGCCGAUGUUAUUUCUGCCCAGGCUCUCUGGAUCACGAUCCUACGAUUCAUGGGAGAUAUGGCAGAGGCUCGAUAUGAGGAUGAUAGUGAGCAGGGGAAGCAGAAGCCUAUCAUGCAGAAGUUGACUGUCACACUAGGUCGCAAUUUUGCCAAGACGAAGGACUUCCAGGCUUUCCAGCAGAACUUAUCUGAGCACGAGCGCAAGCUGAUUCACAGAACGCUGAAGCGCAAAUCGAAGAUUCCGAGUGAGCUGAAAGCGAUCGUGGAGAAUACAGACGAAAUUGCGGACUAUCAGGAAUUCUUGAACAACCGGAGCUCGAACCUCGAUAAACUGCACUUCAUCAUUGGUCAUGGUAUACUGAACAAACAGCUGAGGGAUGAGAUUUAUUGUCAAAUUUGCAAACAAUUGACGAACAACCCGACUUCUACAUCCCACGCUAAAGGAUGGAUUUUACUUUCGUUGUGCGUUGGAUGUUUCCCAGCGUCGGAAAAGUUUGAAAAGUAUUUAAGAUCAUUCAUUCGUGACGGACCUGAACUGUAUGCUCCCUAUUGCGAACAUCGCCUCGAUCGUACACUCCAGAACGGUUCCCGAAGACAACCGCCGUCUUGGUUGGAACUACAAGCUACUAAAAGCAAACAGUCCAUAUUGGUUCCGGUGACGCUAAUGGAUGGAUCCGUUAAGCAUAUUGAGAUCGAUUCAGCUUCUAACGCCCGUGAGAUGUGCGAGAAGAUUGCUCACGCCAUAGAGCUGAGGGAUGUUUUCGGAUUCUCGAUUUUUGUGAUGCUACAGGAGAAGGUUCUGUCGUUGCAAAGCGGUCAGGAGUUCAUCAUGGAUGCGGUGUCCAAUUGUGAACAGUAUGCGAAGGAACAGGGCGGUAACGAGCGAGAUGCACCGUGGAGAAUUUUUUUCCGCAAGGAGAUGUUUGCUCCAUGGCACGAUCCGUCGGUAGAUCCGAUUGCCACGAAUUUAAUUUAUGCCCAAGUGGUUCGUGGAGUCAACUUGGGAGAGCUUGUUAGUACCUCGGAUAAAGAUAUUGCGAUGAUCGCAGCCUUGCAAUAUUACGCCGAUUAUGGCCAUGAGCUGAAUGGCAACACACUUCAGGAUCGACUGAGCGACUACAUUCCGAGGAAUCUAGUGAAAUCGGAAACCGCUUCACAGUGGUCACAAUUGAUAAGUGCCGCUUUUAAGAAAAGUAGAUGUGUGAAGGAAGGAUUGCAACGAAUAACGGCCAAGGAGGAUAUAGUAUUGUUCGCUAAAAUAACGUGGGGUAUGAUGUUCUCCAGAUUCUACGAAGCAGUUCAGAUUGAUGGCACGAAGCUGCCAGCGAGUAAUAUCAUCAUUGCAGUGAAUUGGUCUGGAGUGUAUUUCGUAGAUGAUCAAGAGCAGGUGCUACUUGAGCUAUCGUACCCGGAAAUUAUGCAGGUUGAUUGUGAUCAUGUCGAUGUAAAUGAUGUGGGGACGUUAUUCAUCAACACUAUACGAAAGGAAGACUUCAUCUUCAAGACGUACGAAGCGAACUGCUUGUAUGAAAUGAUUAGUUACUUGCUGAAAGAGUUGCGAAAUAGGAGCAUCUUCGCAAUUGCCACUCGUACAUAUUCCAGCGAAACUGAGACGGAAUCGAUGUUGAGUCUGUUGAAAGGUGAUCUGAUUAAUCUAGGGCAAGGGUUCACCGGUGGAGCCAUACUCGCAGAGGACGCAACCUGGGGUUAUGGGGAGUCGAAUGGGAAAUCGGGUUAUUUUCCAACCGAAGCGGUCUAUGUUUUACCAACUGUAAUGCCACCUCCGGCAUCCGUAUUGACGUUGUACAGGAAAGGGGGCGUCCUCAAGCCGAAAAAGCAUGCUGCUCCCAACUACAAUACAAUACAGAGGAGAAAGAUGCAUAGCCUUCAAACAUACGCUAGUGAACAUUUCAGGGCUCCCAUAAGCAUCACUUCUACGUCCACAACUUUGAGUAACGUGAGGAGGUCGUCAUCUGAGGAACUUUGGAAGCACACACGUGAACCGAUGAAGGCUCCACUUCUGCAGAAAAUAGUACACGAUAAAGAGAGGGCCGAAUCAGCAGUUACUAUCUUCACCAAUAUUCUCAAGUACAUGGGAGAUCUACCGAAAGGACGAGAAACAAUAAAUACGGACAGAAUAUUUACUCCAGCACUGACCGACGAGCUGCUGAGGGAUGAGGUAUUCUGUCAAAUUAUGCGACAGCUGACGGAGAAUCAGAUCCAGAUCAGUGAAGAACGGGGAUGGGAUUUGUUGUGGUUGGCAACGGGGGUGAUGCUACCUAGUCAGCCGCUUCUGAAAGAGUUGUUCCAGUUCCUCAGGACAAGAAAGCAUCCAAUAGCUCCGGAAUGUUUGCAGAGAAUACAGAAGACCAUGAAGGUUGGACGAAGAAGGUUCCCUCCGUAUAUUGUGGAGGUGGAAGCGAUUCGCUAUCGAACAGUUGAGAUUUAUCACAAAGUGUACUUCCCGGAUGAUACAGAUGAAGCGUUCCAGAUCGAAUCGUCCAUGAAAGCUGCUGACUUACUGCAAACUAUCACCAGAAGACUAGAGCUGAAGUCCAGCGAAGGAUUCAGUUUGUUCAUCAAAAUUGGUGAUAAGGUAUUCUCUAUGCCGGAGGAAUAUUUCAUAUUUGACUUUAUACACGAGCUAAUGGAAUGGAUAAGAGAGACGCUUCCCUCCAGGACGAAUGACAAUCGAAUUUCUUGCGAGUAUCAGUUGUUUUUCAUGAAGAAGCUAUGGAUUAAUGUGGUGCCUGGGAAGGACCCUUACGCGGAUCAAAUGUUCUAUUUCUUCCAAGAAGUGCCUAAGCUGUUGCAAGGUUACUAUAAAGUAACGAAAGCAGAAGUAGUAGAGCUGGCAGCUUACAUAUUCUGGGCGGUCUACGAAGAACAGGAUAUACAACUAUUGAAUAAAUCAUUCGCCGAUAUGAUGCAUUGCCUGGUUCCCGAGGAUGCUGUCAGAAUGCAGAAGACUGAUCUCUGGAAGAAAGAUAUUAUUUCGAAGGUCACUUCUUUGAGGGGCAUCAGUACCUCGGAUGCGAAAACAGAGUUUUUGAAAAUUGUUUGUGAAUUUCCAACGUUCGGUUCUACGUUUUUCGUUGUCAAGCAGGUUACAGAUCAAAAUCUUCCGGAGACAUUGCUGGUAGCGAUCAACAAGCAUGGUUUCAAUCUGAUAGAUCCCCGAACGAAAAAUUUAUUGGCUGAAUACAGCUUCAUGGAACUCAACUUCUGGAGCUCGGGAAACACAUAUUUCCACAUAAAGUUCGGAAGCAUGAUGGGAUCUUCCAAGUUGCUGCUGGAGACGAAACAAGGCUACAAGAUGGAUGACUUGCUGGCUUCCUACAUACGACUCUACAAAACGCAUGGACACUGUACAUGAGUAGAAUAUACAUAAAGUAAUGUGAAU